AUGCAUAAUGACCGCACGGCAAUCCCGGCCGCAACGUCAUUCUUCAUCAUUGGGUCCGUCCGGGAUACUGAACGGCACUUGUUCGAUGAGUUGAUACAGCCGAAAGCCAACGAAGGGUUGAGACUGAAGUCUUACAUAUCUAAGCGAUAUGAAAAGGAUGACAAUGAAACUGGGUACUUUUAUUGCAUCCUCAUGACCCCAGGUCUGGAAGAUGGUAAAAUACGCGAGCUCGUGUCAGUUACAGGGAUAGCACGGCCCCGGACACUCCUGUCUAGGUCGCUUUCUUGUCUCGUUCGCAGCUUCUGGCAGCUUUCUCUCAUCCCCCUCUACGUUUUUUUACGAGUUCACACUAGAGAGAAAAAAAUCGUCCGAACACCAGGCUCACGAACAUCAGACGAACUCAAUGAACUAAAACGAGACCUUAGCCCCCGGAAAACCACCCCGUGCAAGAUGGAGAAGGACACCUGGAACUUCGAAGUUUAA